UCACAGCAAAAAGUCAACAAGUAAUAAACUAUAUUUAAAUUUAUCUUUAUAUCUCAUUUAUCUAAAGAAAAAUAGUACCUACUUGCCCUCUCCCCCUACCUUCAUCAGAAAAAAACCAAAAAUAAGUCAAAACACAAUUGUAGCGUGCGCGCGCCUUUUUAUAUGGGGAAAAAGUUUCUUUCGAGACUAUGUAUACAAAAACAAGCUAAAGUCUCCGACUUGGUUUGGAACUGGGCAACAGUUGUCAGGCAUCUGUCGAGGUGGGUGCACUUGCAGCUCCAAUAAAAUCGGUGGCGUGUUUUGCGUGUUUUUUUGCUUAUCGAACAAUAGUUAAAAGUGAAAUUAUAGGAAAUAUUUUUUCAAGUUGGUUGUUUUUUUUUUUUUUGUUUGGCAAAAUGGUCAUUAAAUGUCAAUUUAAUUUAUCACGUUCCGCCGGCGUUUAUUACACUGGUGAACAAAUUUUGGGCUCCGUUGCGUUAUCCGUUGGCAAGAAGCCCGUUCAAGUUGAGGGCAUUAAAAUUACUCUCCUUGGCCUAACCACCGUCAAUUGGAAGGAGUCUGUCAAUGGGCCACCACAAAUCGAGCAUAAUGACUGCUCCAGUCAACCUCUGGAACCACUGGAAAUGUUCUAUAAAUCAUCAAAAACUCUUAUUGAAUAUACUCAACAACUGACAGAUGCUUUACUUUUGUUACCCGGCAAGUCACACUUGGCCAGCUACGACUUUCAAUUACCACAAUCGUUGCCGGCCACAUGUCGUUUGAGUCACGGCUCUACAAACUAUAUACUUAAAGUAAAUCUGGAGCGUCAGGGAAAACAUGUGAAAAGUUUUCAUCAUCGCUUAAUUGUUAAGAAAUGUAUUAACUUCAACGAUUUAAGGCCCCAAACAAAAGACACUUGCCAUAUGAGUCUGAAAAUGUCACGUAGUGUCUUUGUGCCCGGUCAAAGUGUUGGCUAUGAAUUGCAGACCAACUUGCCUCAGCCAUAUAUAACCCGUUUGUGUCACUCAAUUACCUAUCAAAGUGAAGUUCCUUGUCGAAAGAGCAAAAAUGUGAUUACUGUUCUAGAUGAGAGUAGUGAAAUGUGUGGAGAACUUCGUUUACCCCUCACAGCGCCCAUUAUGACAGCAGGAGAAGAAGAUCAAGAAGAAGCCAUACAAAUCAGUUAUUUAAUUGAGACUUUGUAUACAGACAGGGACUGUCGUCGAGUGAGUCUGCAGCUGCCUGUUUAUGUGGGAACAAUUGCACCGCCAAUGGAUUCCAUCUCCAGUCAAUCUGCUAUAGAAGCAAUGUCACUUUGUUUUGUCAAUUUUGCCCUGCAUCAGAACGAGUUAUUUAUGCCAAUGAAUCAACUGCUGGCCCACAGCUGUUCUCGGGAACUCAAUGUUAUGACAUCGGGAAAACAUUGUGAGGGCAUUAAGUUACUGCAAUGCCAACAGAAAAAGAAAAAGUCCUAUAUACACAUGGCCCUGCGCUAUUUCCAUAAAACCAUAUUGCAAUGACUGCAAUUUCGAUGGAAUUUUCGCUUCAUCGGCAAACUGAUAAAAUUAUAAAUAAUUAUGUAAAAGCAAAAAGAAAUAGUUAGUUUUGUUUUGAUUUAUCAGUAGAUAUUUAUUAGAAGGUAUAUUAGAAUCAAGUUAGUUAAUAUAUAUUCACAACUGAUAAAUACUGACGUUGGACCGGGCCCCCAUAUGGAUUGACGUCAAGUCCUACAUAAUUGAGGGGCCAAAGUUUUAUAUAACACAAAAAGGGGCUAGGAGGCUCUACUAUUCUUUUUUUUUUGUUUAUUGUCCACUUUGCUGAACGGUCUAGUAGAAAUAAUUAAAUUAUAAGUAUUCAAAUUGUAUAAUAAAUUAAUAUUAAUGUUUGUAAAAAGGUUCAUCCCUUUGGCACACAAUAA